AUGUUUGAAGGAAUAGAGAAAUGUAACCCGAUAGUGAAGGUGUCGAAUAGAAUUUCACGUGAUGUGAAGUGGGGUUGCUUGUCCCUUGCAGAGCAGUAUAUAAAGUGACUACGCUAACAAUUUGUCUCGAGUUGAUGUUUUAUUCAACAAGCACGCACGUAUACUGAACGAGGGAGUAUGGAAAAAAUCGUACGUCAGUUCUAUAUGCGACAUUUAAACCGAUACUCGUGCUAAUAAUCAAUAUUGAAAGCGUCGAGUCGAGCUAUGCUUUUCUCGCGCAAGUAAACUUCUUCAAUACAUCUAUUCUUUGUCAAACAAGCUUUCUUAACGUUUCUCUUUUCAAGAUUGUAAUUUUGACGAUCGUCGCCUCCUGUUGGGCCAGCGAACUGGAAUUUGGCGGUCACGGGUUAACUUUGGGAGAAAUUGCCGUGGGCCACGAGGCGGAAGGAUUUGGCUUCGAUGAAUUAGGUUCAGUUGACGUAUAA